AAAGAAGAAGACACACUGCGCAUGCGCGUUACUGUAAUGAUGGAGGACUACAUUUUCUACACGGGCUGAUCAUGUCGCUUUUUGACAUUUUUGCAUGUAAUACAUUCACGUAAAAACACAAUUUCAUCAACAUUUCAUCAACGAAUUUGAGACCAACCAUUUCAAGAUGACAGCUGACACUGGCAAUGUGGGCUACCACAUAAUGACUUUCUAUCCCACCAAAGAUGAGUUCAAGGACUUUAGUCGUUAUGUAGCCUACAUGGAGUCACAGGGAGCACACAAUGCUGGAAUAGCAAAGGUCAUUCCACCUAAAGGCUGGAGGCCAAGGCAAACAUAUGAUGAUAUUGAUGAUCUGGUUAUUCCUGCUCCCAUCCAGCAAGUAGUGACUGGCCAAUCAGGGUUGUUCACACAGUACAACAUCCAGAAGAAGCCAAUGACUGUCCAUGAAUUCCGCAAGACCUCAAAUUUAGAGAAGUUUUGCUAUCCCCAGCAUGCAGAUUGUGAUGAACUGGAGAGGAAGUUUUGGAAGAACCUCACCUUUAACCCUCCUCUUUAUGGAGCAGAGGUUAGCGGGUCACUGUAUGAUCAAGGUGUCACUGAAUGGAACAUUGGCUGCCUCAACACCAUUUUAGACUGUGUGGAGAAUGAGAGCAGUGUUAAGACUAAAGGUCUCAACAAAGCAUCCUUGUGCUUUGGGAUGUGGAAGAGUGCUUUUGCUUGGCACACUGAGGAUAUGGACUUGUACAGCAUCAGCUACCUUCAUUUCGGAGAGCCCCAGUCUUGGUAUGUGGUACCACCAGACCAUGGCAAGAGGCUAGAGGCACUUGCUAAGGGUUUUUUUCCAGGUAGUGCUCAAAGUUGUGAAGCCUUUCUUCGACACAAAAUGACUUUGAUUUCACCAUCAAUUUUGAAGAAAUACGGAAUUCCAUUUGAAAAGGUGACCCAACAUGAAGGGCAGUUCAUUCUGACGUUUCCAUUUGCAUAUCAUGCUGGUUUUAACCAUGGUUUCAACUGUGCUGAGUCUACAAAUUUUGCCACACUCAGAUGGAUUGAUUAUGGCAAACAGGCAACUCAGUGUGCAUGUCGACAGGAUAUGGUCAAGAUUUCCAUGGAUGUGUUUGUCCGCAAGUAUCAACCAGAGCGUUAUAAGAUAUGGAAAGCUGGCAAGGACACCACUCCCAUUGACCAUUCGAGACCCACACCAGAGUCUGCGUUAUUACGCAAGGACAUCAAGAAGAAAAGAAUUCCCAUUGCACCAGCAGCAUCCUCCCCUUUGGUCAAAGCUGACAAUGGAAAUACAAAAACGCAUGCUGCUGUAACACAGCAGGAACCAUAUAGCGCACCUGCUAUGGACAUGGAGGACACCAGGAAGACACACAAGUCAAAACUGUCGCGAAAAGUAUCUCCUAAAAAAGAGAAAGGCACAGCUGAAGAGAGGAGUGAAACAAAACAGGAAAAAGAACCCAAACCACCAUCAAAGUUUCCAGCUAAAGUGUGUCCAAAGAAAUCUUCAAAUAGACGCAAUCCACUAAAAAAAGAGAAGAGUCGAGCUGAGGGUCCUGACCGGAGUAACAGAGAGCCCUGUGAUAACGAGCUAAUGUCUGCCUGCUCCGAGGGGGUGGAGGGCUCAGACGAGCAGCCAGCAGUAACCAGUCCACAAGCCAAAGUAUUCCAGAGGACACUGAGCCCUACAGAUGUGCUGCACGUCCACAGCUACGCAAAAGGAGACUACAGUGAAGAGGAGGAGCCCCCUUUCAAUGAACGGAAGACUGAUGCCACUGACUCUGGAGCUGUAAAAGACAGUGGACAACCAUUACAUACUAUUAAAGAGAUGGCUGUUGAUGACUGUAAACCAGAGAGUGAUCUGGACAGGUUACCAGGACAUCACCCACUUAUUAAGGAGGGCGUAAGCGAUGGAGAGGUCCCAGAGGAAAUGAUCCCAGUGAAUGAGGGCGGUCUGGAGGGUGAAAGCUGGGCUAAACCUUUGGCUCACCUGUGGCAGAGCCGACCACCCAACCCAAAGAAAGAGAGGGAGUACAAUCUGCGCAUGGGGAUGAAGCCUCCAUACUGCUGCAUCUGUGCUCUCUUCCACACUUACCAACAGAUGGAGGUUUCCAGUAGUGCAAACAGUCCCAUCAUUCUUUCGGGGAAUAAGAUGAGGACAAAGCCCUUGAUCCCAGAGUCCUGCUUUAGCAUCAACACAGAGGAGGACUCAGAAGAUGAGCGCAGCCUAACCACAGCCUACAUGGAAGAGGAUGGUACCAGCCUGCUGAUCAGCUGCUCUGAGUGCUGCGUGCGCGUCCACGCCAGCUGUUAUGGUGUUGAUCCUGCCAGUGUGGAUAGUGACUGGAAGUGUGCACACUGUAAAGCCAACGCUCUGACAGAGAGCUGCUGCCUGUGCUCUUUGAGGGGAGGAGCCCUGCAGAAAGCCAACAACAACAAGUGGGUACAUGUGCUGUGUGCUGUGGCUGUCCUAGAAGCUCGCUUUGUCAACAUCACUGACCGAAGUCCUGUGGAUCUGAGUGGAAUCCCCCUGCAGAGGUUUAAACUGAAGUGUUACUACUGUAAGAAGCGCAUGAAGAAGGCUUUGGGCUGCUGUGUGCAGUGCUCCCACGGCCGCUGCCCCACGGCCUACCACCCUACCUGUGCCCAGGCUGCAGGGGUCCUCAUGCAGCCCGACCACUGGCCCUUUGUGGUCCAUGUCACCUGCUGUCGACACAAGGGUCCCACACAGAUUGAGCGUAACAAAGCAGCCAUGCAUGAGCUUACAGUGGGACAGAGGGUAAUCUGCAAGCACAAGAAUGGACGCUACUACCAAUGUGAUGUUGUGCAGCUGUCCACAGAAACCUUUUAUGAAGUCAACUUUGAUGAUGGCUCCUUCAGCGACAAUCUAUUCCCAGAAGAUAUUGUGGGCCGAGACUGUGUGCAACUCGGACCACCUCCUCAGGGAGAGGAGGUGCAGGUGCGCUGGACUGACGGUCUGGUGUAUGGGGCCAAGUUCGUAGCUGCUCAUGUCAUCCAAAUGUACCUGGUGGAGUUUGAGGAUGGCUCUCAGCUUACAGCCAAAAGAGAUGAUGUGUAUACUCUGGACGAGGAACUGCCAAAAAGAGUCAAAUCCAGACUGUCUAAGGCCUCGGACAUGCGUUUUGAUGGCAUCUUUGAAGAGAAGGAGAUCAUCCAGGAGUCCAAGAGACAGAGAGUGAUAAACUCGCGUUACAGAGGGGACUACAUUGAGCCAGUCAUAUACAGGGCCAUUAUGGAGUAGCACGAGCAGAAGCAGGUCUUAUACACAGCCAUUACGGACAUAUUUAUGUAUUUUUUAAAAUUACUAUCAAUACUAGAGCAAUUUUUGAAAUUUUUGAAGGAUGCCUCACUAACAAAUUGUGAAAUGGUACUUUUCUUAAUUCUUUUUGUUGUGACGAGCUGCAAACAAAAAGUACUCAUAAACCUGUUCAGCGUGGGUUUCCUAUAAUGUGGCUGUACUUUUAUGUCGAACCAUUUUACAAGAGAAACACACAGGCAGAACAGUAGCAGACACUGCCCAGAAGACCCUGUCCUGCCUUAUUUCAAGUAAAACACCUUGUAUUAUUUAACAGCCUGCAGCUUUUGUAUUUACAGACAUGAUUUAAAGUGACUAAGCUUACUUGCAUAUUAGUCAUUAAAGGUUUGGUGUAGAGUGCAGACUGUACUGGAGCACACACUGGCCUGAAAUGCAGCAGCACAUAUCUUCUCAAAAUAGUAAACAUAAAAGCAUAAAACAUGGAAAAAAAGAAAACAAUUGACCCAAAACUAAGUAAAACAUUAAAGAGGGGGUAUUAUGCAAAGUUAACCUUUUGGAGCAUUCUACAAUGUUAUAACAUUCCCUCAUUUAAAACACGCCUGAAGAACUUUUAAAUCAGAACUACGGCCCGGGGGCCACACACAACCCUUAGGCCUUAUUAAUCCGGCCCAGCAAAUGUGACCAAAUUUUAUUAAAAUAGGUAAGGGUAAACCUUGUUCAAAGUUUUCUGUAGUGUUUAUUUAACUGAAAAAAAAAUAAAAUAAAAACAUUUAUUAAUGCAUUUGGAAAACAAUUUGUACAGUGAGCCUUGCAUAUUCAUGCCUUGCAACAUGUUACAGGCCAAAUCUGUAAUGUAAUAUAUACAUAUAUACAUAUCCUAUCCCGGCCCCUCUGUCAAAUUUUAGAACCUAUUCUGGCCCCGGGCUCAAAAAGUUUGCCCACCCCUGUUUUAGAUGUUAUCCAUGCGUGUUUGAAUAAUCUAGCGAUAGCUCCCAGGCACUAUUCGAACCCUCUUUAUGGUUAGCUGUUUGAUCCUAUCCAAAGCCUACGCACCCAUGCUCCCUCUCAUUCGUUUUCCAUAAAUAUACAAAAACAUGAUACGAUACAAUACACUGCAACUUUACAGACCUAAUGGGAUAUGCAAUCAUUUUAGUAAUGAAGUGUGCACUGAUUGAAAUGUUAUAGCGCUCUGUAGGAGGAGUGACCCCAUGUAAGUGUAAUAGCCCCUCUUUAACUCUUUUAAAACCUCACCAUGGUGUUGAUGCUAUUGUUUAGAAAUUGUUUAGGGCUUUAAAAUAUUUGCAGUCCCUAGUGUUGGUUGGGGCAAACUAAUGGUAAAUAUGGCACAACGUAAUGAAAAAGCAGUUAUGUCGUGUGUGCCCAGCUUUAAACUGCAUCUGCAUUGACUGAAUAAGUCAGUUUUAGUUCUUAGGAACCAACAUUGUGGUUCUGAUGUUACAUUACGUUUUUUGGGUUUUUUUUUUACUUAGACCCUAUGUUCUAACAUUUUAAAGAUAUUUGUUAUCACCCAACCCUCACCCUGGCUCUAAGCAUAGCUGCACAGCAAGUCCCUAGAAGACCUUAUGCUCAAGUCAAAUGAUGAUUAGCCUCAAUUCCUCAAGUGUUAUUAAAAAAACAAAAAACAAAAACAUAUCCAAGAAAAUCCCACCACCAUCCCUCAAACACAGACUGAUGUUGAAGAGCAAAAGACAUUGGGCAGGAUAUAAAGGGUUCAAUGAGCCCACUGUUGACCAUGAGUGCUGUGUAUUUUAUUGCUUGUUUGUGUCUGAUCUUACAUUCCAUCCCAAAUGCCAACAGAAAUGCAUAAUGCAAAUUUGGCACACUGGAGUCAAUAUCUGGCUAAUUCUGACCAUAUACAGGAGUUGGGUAUCCAUGCUGUGGCCCGUGAAUGUGGACAAAUGUGGCCUCAGACCAAUUUUUGUGGGUGCUCAGUUCUCCUGCUGAAUUGGCAAAUGACUUGGCCUGUGAUACAGGCCUAAAAAUAUUUAGUCUUAUUUAAUAUAAGUCUUAUUAAAGGUGGCUCGGUCAAAUCUAGGUAAAAUGCAUUUGAAAGACUUGCAGUAUUCGUCAUUGGUCUGCAGCCCUCUGUUACAAAUGUCUUCAUAUGUGGCCUUCAGUGAAAAAUGUUUGGACACCUCU